CAAGCCAAUAUGGCGACAAGAAAGCCUCUUCACAGCAGUCACAGCUUUGAUACGGAAUCUAGCGAAGGGGGAAGAGAAUUGUUCGAGGCUUGUAGGAAUGGUGACGUAACAAAAGUCAGAAGAAUAGUUAACAUCAAUUCCAAUGUAAAUCUCCGAGAUACAGCCGGCAGAAAGUCAUCUCCGCUACACUUUGCAGCAGGUAAGCGAAUUCGAUGAAAACAAACAAAUGGCGCUCUCAUCAUUUCAACAUCUCUGAAAGAAAGUCAGUCAUUUUGUUCGUUUGCAGAUGAUCUGAUCGAUUUCUUUUGGAUCGAAGUUAUCUGCUAUGUUAAAUUUCGCGAUUUACGAGAAGCUUGUGUAAUCUUGAAUGCAGUAAGGAUGUAAUCUUUUUAUGAAAACUUUCGCAAGCCUUUACCUCGACUUUUAGCGCUUUCUCUAUUUUUACAGAAGCUGAUUUGUAAAAGUUUAUUUUAUAUAUAAUGAUUUCUCGAUUUACGUUGAAACGUUGCGUAACGUGUUGAAAUAAACCAAACAUGGAAUUAGUUUUAGCGAAUCGAAGCGGACAGAAUUAUCAAAAUUAAUGCCAGAGAUAACUCUGUGAUAUGCAUGUAUGGCUGACAUUUUACGAAAUCCUGAACUGUUUUCGAUUGUAAUUUCUUUUUGCUGUGUGAUCUUUUUCCUCUUUACUUACCUAACUGUGGGAUGACAGUUGUUCAAACGAAACUAAAUUAUUUGAAGUAUAAAUAGCACUUUUUAAAGGCCUUUCAUUGUGACUUUUAAAGAACAUGAAUUUUUACAAUGCAUUUUUCUUGCCCCCGCUGAGAGACAGCUCACAUGUAUGGCGGAAUGAAGAGAACUUAGAGGUGUAUUGUGGCGAUUUGAGGAGUAAGAUUUGAAGAACCUUUCAUGAAACCAGUACCUAAGGGAAAGAGUCCUAUAGUGUACGUAAUCGCUAAGUGAGGAGUAUUUUCCCUCUGUGUGUAAAGCUUGUCUUGUUACUUCUAAACUUCAGGAUUUGGAAGAAAAGAAGUCGUGGAGUACUUGCUGCAACAUGGAGCUGAUGUGCAUGCUAAAGAUGAUGGUAGGAUCUGUUUACUAUUACAGUUUUCAUUUUGACACAAUUUAUCAUCUUGCCAUACCCAUAAGUAUUACACUUUUUUUUUUUUUUUUUUUUUUAACCUUGAGUCACUUUUGGGUAAUCAUAGACAUAUUUUUUAAGGGGGUCUUGUUGGUUUGUCAAAUUUGGUUGUACUCCAAGAUGGCUUAAGACUUUGUUGGGCAGAGCCAGGAUGGCUCAAGUGAGACAUGGGGCAUGGCCAGGAGGAAGCUCUCAUAGGAACUGAGGCAUGAAUAGUGAGGCUGCAAGAUAUAAGUGGCCUCAUGCUGAAUUGCUAACGAGAGCCUGUUGGAUGGCUUCUGAAAGUAAUUGACAGCAAAGUAUGAUGUGGCCAUAGUUGCAUUAUAGAUCAAAGAAAAAGAGACUUCAGUGGGGGAAAUGUUCUCUUCUGCAAGGAUGCUACAGAGUCCUGAUUUAAAAAUGCUGAUGAUGUGGUUCAUUUUGCUUUUGGUUUUGAUGUUGUCCUUAUUUUGGGGUUGUGUGCUUGUGGUUUGUUGUAAUUUUAAAUUACUCGUGUUGCCGUUUUCUUUAUGAACCAUGUUUCCUUGCAGUAUUGAUCCUAACAGGGACUUAUUUAGCUCUGUUGUUGUAGCCCUUAGAAUUUAUUAGUGAUACAGUUGAAUACAAUUUUUUUUAAUCUAGAAAAUCAUGGAUAGCCAAAAUCAAAAAUAUUAUUGUCUGUAUUGUGUGACACCUGUAGAUAUUUAUAAGAAUUGAUAUUCUUCAUGUAUUUGAGUACAGGAAAAAAAAGCUAAAAAAGCUGAUGUCGUGAAGUCCAAUUGGAGGAUAGAAAAAGGCAACUUCCAAUUAUUUAAAAAGAGUGAAUCUCAACGUACUGAUGAGAAAUCAAAGUAAAAACAUGCAAACUGCCUGAAUCAGGAAGAAAGUUACUGCUGGUUUUAGUUUUGCAUCUCACUGAAUAAUAGGAGAGUGUACAAGUAAAUUUUAGAGCAAAGUGAAACAACACUAAUGCAAUUGUAGGCAACUUUAGUCCUCCAUGGAAAUUUUUCCAAACUUGUCAAUGACUUUAGACUAACAUUCCAUGUUUGUUAAUACUUUUAAUAUGAACAUAUUAGUAUUGAACUUUUACAGCUCAGAACUACACUCUAUGAACUUGUCUUUUCAGUUCAUUGUUUUUUUUUUCCUCUUGUGUGACCAUUUGCCUAAAAUUUAGUCAGUUAUCGAUUUUCUUUUAUGUAGAGCAAAAUGGUGGGUCAAUCAGUUUUCCUCGUGAAUCUUCUGUAAAUGUAACUUUGUUAAUUGGUUUGGAUCAAUUUGGUAUUUCAGGAGGGUUGAUACCACUUCAUAAUGCCUGUUCAUUUGGUCAUGCGGAGGUGGUACGAUUACUUCUGCGACAUGGUGCUGAUCCUAACUCAAGAGAUAACUGGAAUUAUACCCCUUUACAUGAGGCUGCUGUGAAAGGAAAAGUGGAUGUUUGUGUGGGUCAGUAGUGCAGCUUGUUGUAAAAAUCACUUUCUUACAGAUCCCUUGGUUUUGCAUGUUGUUUAUUAAGGAUACUCCAGGUCCUCUGAAAUACUCAAGGUCCAUUGAAUGAACCACAGUUGAUUUUGUUUUACUAAUUAAAAAUAAAGACAUCAAAUAAAAUGAUUCUUUCAGUGCACGACCAUUGCGUGACAUGUUGAUGUGAGUAGUGUUGUCUGUACUCUUGCUAUUGACAACAGCAGAUUGGCCAAUCAGAUUGUGACAUUACUGUCAAUUGUGGUAAAAAAAAUUUUGAGUAGAGGGUUUAGAAAAUAUCAUUGUAGAUUGUAAUUUCAACCUUGGUUACUUUGCUUAAAUGUGGUCUUUGAAUCCAUUCAAGCUUAAUUACAGUCUGUGUUGUUAUUAAUAACUACAGAAGUUUCACUUCACAACUUAAAUAUGAGUAUAAUUGCACAUGUAAACUGUUUAUCUCCUUUAUUUAAUGAUUAUCAAAUACUAUGUAAGGCAGAGCAAAAUAUCCUGAUAAGAGUGGUCAGAAGUGAGUAGAUGAUUAUUUGCCAAAGCUGAAGGCAAAUAAUUAAUCUGCGGGACAUUGACAAUGCACAAGGUCUCAGGAUAAUCAAACUAGAAGAUCAUAAAAUAAUGUGAUUGCUCCAGUUAUAUUUCAUUUUUGUUAGGGAAUCUUUUUUAACAGAUCAGAUAAGCAAAGAAUGUUUUUUUGUGCUUGAAAGAGCAUAGACACAACUACACAGGAACAGAUUGUUGUUUGCAACUGAACACAGUUAGAUGGUACAACACAUGAGCAGACCUUUAUUUCUGGGCAGUUUUUUGCAGGUCACACAAAUGAAAAGGAAGAAAAAUUGUUUUGAAUUUUACUUUUAAUUCUUAUUUUUAUUCAAUAGUUCUUCUGCAACAUGGUGCAGACCCUAACAUUCGAAAUACAGAUGGGAAGACAGCACUAGAUGUUGCUGAAGCAUCUGCCAAACUAGUUUUGACAGGUAUGGGUUUUUCACAAAGUAUUUUCUGGUUUUUAUGUUAAAUAGGCCAUACAGUGUACCCAGUCCACUCCCUGGCCUUUUUACUCUUUUAAUCUUUUAAAACCAGAUACUUUUCUCACUUGUUUCAUUAUUUAGAUAUUACUGGGGAUAUCACUUGAAGUAUAGUUUUUUUCACCUAAUAUUUCCCUUUAUGAAUUCCUUUAUCUUUCAGGAGAGUAUAAGAAGGAUGAGUUACUGGAGGCUGCAAGGUACGUGCAUGCAGAACAACUGUCAUAUACAAUUUAAUAGGGACCUUAAGUAAACAGGGAUGGCAAUGGCAACAAGGACAUGGCUAAACAAAAGAUUUAAUGGGCAGAACAAUAGCUUAGGGCAUGUUUUUUAAAACUAUGUAUGUUUCUUAGCCAUCCUCUGUAAAAACAGCGAUGUGAAAUCACCAAAAAUUUGUGUGGUCCGAGGACAGAAACUCAGAUGCAAUUUUAUUUGUAUCAAUUUGGAACUCAUGCUGAACUCAAGGUGUGGCACUGAAAGAGAGACAGUGAACACAUCCAGCUGUCUGCAAAAUUCUAACUAAAGAUAUAAAUUCACUAUCAAUUAAUGUCUUCCUCUGCAUUGCCAUCCUGAUUGGUCCCUAAUGGGUUGGGAGCAAGUCCCUUUGACUAUAAUACUGAUGCUCUUGCAGGUCAAUGUCAACACAGUGAUACAAGGAAGUUAAUUACUGAAAGUGGGCUUAGUCAAAAAUGCUGUGGUUGAACAUUCGAUUAAGCCCUACAAGCACUAUGUCUUUGAAUGUUUAUUUUGUUCUUUCUGAUUGCUGCUUAGUUCAUUUUCUCUUUUUUUCACUUUGUCAUGGUGAUUUUCAUGUGUUUAAGUGUACAGCUAUUGUAGUCAUUAUCGCUUUUGAAAUAGUUUAGCACCUUUCUUGGUGAAAGUUGUCUUGAUUUAUGUUUACUGUGGUGCACAUGCUUUUGAGAAUGGUUAACAUGUAUAAAUGUGUCAAUCAAUCAAAUUAUCAAUUUCUUUUGUUUGUUUUCUUUUUUGUAGAAGUGGCAAUGAAGAGAAGCUCAUGUCUCUUCUUACCCCUCUGAAUGUUAAUUGCCAUGCAAGUGAUGGAAGGAAGGUUAGCUUAAGCCUGUGUAGAAAGAAUGUAAAGGAAAAAUAUUUUAAAAAAAUAUUCAGUCUUUUGUUUCAGUUACCUCCCCCUCCACACAUCAUCUUAUUAGUGAAACUACUACAUCAAGUUACAACCCAUUCAGUCUUGUUGAAUAACAUGUAAUAGCUUCUCAAGGAUGCACUAUCUUGGUUAUUAUUUGAAUAUUGUUCUUUGAUUGUUGUCAGUCAACUCCACUCCACCUAGCUGCUGGUUAUAACCGUGUCAGAGUUGUUCAGCUUUUGUUACAACAUGGAGCAGAUGUACAUGCCAAAGACAAAGGGUGAGUGAACUUGUACAUGUAAUUCAAGGUACUUGACACUUGCUAAGUCUGGAAGUCAUCUGAAAACCAAACUAUAGAUAAUCUUCCUUUUUAUUGGUGUUGGAUUGAGAAGAUAAAUUCUAAAUGAAUUAUGAUAAAUGUUUGGAUUGGGAACAUGAGAAUUUGGUUCAAUUUUUAGAGAUUUAUUUAACAUAUACAAUCUUGAAUAACCUUUAUAUACACUACAGCCUCUUGUCUCAGCCUGUCAAAAAGUUUGGGAUAAGACUUCAGACUGGUCAGAUUGACUUGAUUACUUUAAUUAUGUUUAUAAAGUAACAUUAAGCAUGAUUUUCACCAUUGAGAGGUUAGAUUUUAUGUUGUGAUUGAUUAUUAUUGACACCUACUUAAUGUUUUAUUCUCAGUGGUUUGGUGCCAUUACACAAUGCUUGCUCAUAUGGACAUUAUGAUGUCACUGAAUUAUUAAUAAAGGUAAUUGAAGAAGAUUUUUGUUCAAACUUGUGGUAAUUAUAACAGUUUUUGCAUCUUGGAACAGAUAAUGUCUGCUGACAAAUAUCCAUGCAUAUUUUCAUGCCAAAAAAAAAAGGAUAUUGUUUAUAUAUCAUGAUGUUUUGAUACUUGCUGAUGUGUUUGUAUGAGUCUUAUUUUAGAAAGUUUGAUAUAUUUUACUCUUUUGUAGCAUGGUGCAAGUGUUAAUGCCAUGGACUUGUGGCAGUUUACUCCUUUACAUGAGGCAGCUUCCAAAGCAAGGUAAAUGAACUGUGUUUAAAAUUAGCUGAUGAACAGCAGUUGAUAAUAAUAUUAUUUAUCAGAAUCUAUUGAAGAGGCUGCUCCUCUUGUUGGUAGCUUACAGACCUGAAUCAUUGAGAAGGAGGGCCAUCUGUCUUUCAUUUUUAUCUUACCACAUUUGAGUACUCAAAGUACUCCUUUUGAAUUUUUUUUUUUUUGUUGGCACAGAUGGUCAAUGAAAAAUAUCAAACUUGAGAAAGGGAGAAAUAUAUAUGUAUAAUUAUAUAUAUGUGUGUUUUUAGUGCAAAAGAAGAGUUUCCUAAUAAAUGAGUUUGUCUUGAACAUUCUUGAAGCCUUUUCAUCCUUUUUAUUUUAGGGUGGAAGUGUGUUCUUUGCUACUAGCUCAUGGUGCUGACCCCACAUUACUUAACUGUCACUCCAAGGCUGCUGUUGAUGCUGCUCCAACAAGAGAACUUCAGGAUAAGCUUUCUUGUAUGUACUGUUUACAUGCAUGCUCCAUUCGAGGCUGUUCUUUAGUAUUGUGUUUCAGCCAUAUCUUAGGACCUGAUAGCAAGCCUGUCAAUAACUUUGGCAGUGAAAGGCAGAAAAGUAAUAGUGGGCAGCUAGGUUGUGGUGCACAUCUUGUUGUUUGGUCAGAUAAAACGCAAGACUGGUAAUUAAUCAGUUGAGUUGUUUCAAGCAUUUUGUGAAGUUCCCGUAAGCAUUCUGAAUGUGGAAUCAGUUUGCACUUAUUAACCUGUUGUUGUGAACUAGGCAGCAGUUUUGAUCAGCUACAAUGAAUAAGCUCUUACUGGCAGCUCUAUGAUAGGUGCAUUUGUAUAAUAACAUUUUAGCUUUUGUGUAAACUUGUAAUUUUUUUUACUUCUUUUGUACUGAGCAGUGACUUUUUUUUCUCCAAAGGAAAGUUAGAGUUUUUUUAACUAGUCCCCUCUUAAUACCUAUUGUCCUAAUUCAAACUCAAACAAAGCUUCUACCCUUGCUGAGACAACUUAACUAUAACCUAUCUUUUGUUUUCAAUAUUGUUAAUUUGAUCUUUCCUUCCUUUUCAGUUGAAUUUAAGGGUCAUCAGCUUUUGGAAGCAGCCAAGUUAUGUGACUGUACGAAACUGAAGAAGCACAUCACCCCAGAGAUCAUUAACUUCCAGCACCCUCUUACUCUUGAGAGUUCUUUGGUGAGCAUAUGUGGUUUCCUGAUAACAAGCUGCUAUUUGUGAAUAUAGACAGUUAUUUUUGCUGUCUAAGACAAGAAUCAUACAUUUGGUUGCUGGGUUAGGGCAAGGAACUAAAUUAAUAACAUGUUGUGAUUGUCACUGUUUGUAAAUUUACCAAAAAUUGAGACCCUGUCAAGAUGUACCCUUGGCAGGACAGAGUUGAAACCUCUACCCACCUACACCCUUUAGGGAAUCCAAGUCUUUGUUGAAUUAAAUAUUAACUUAUUAUCGAUUUGGCUUUGUUAGACAAGUUACAAUAACUUGUGCAUUCAAUUACAUGAUGUACACAACAUUUUAAUAACAAUGUACCUGCUUUUCUUUUUAGCACCUUACGGUAGGUUCUGUUUGUCAAAAAAGGAAAGCUGCCAUUGAAUUACUGUUGAAGAAAGGAGCGGACACAAGCUUACAAAACAAAGAGUAAGCAUUACAUGAAUUACUUUUUCUCCUUGUGAGUUUUCCAGCUAUCUUCAGGGUUUAGUUUAUGUAGGAAAGUAAUAUUGUGGAUGAAUUUGUUUCUUUAAAGCUCCUUGACACCUCUUCACAUUGCCUCAGAAAAGUCACAUCUUGAUGCUGUGGAACUAUUGAUGAAAAAUGGUGCUAAGGUAAGGGCCAGCUGCCAUUGUGAUAGGUUUAGUGUUCUAUGGGAACAUCAACAAGAGCUGGCAUGCAGCAGAUGGGCUACAACUACAUUUUGUAUCUACAUGCAUGUCCAUUCUGUUCAUUCAAAUUUUCAGCCUUCAUUUGAACCAAAGAUAGUUUACUGAGAAGUGAACCACAUGUUCUUGAAAUCCAAACCUUUGCUUAAGACUAACAGGACAUUAUUAUUAUCAUUUAAAAGAAUAAAACUGUGUUGUGAUCACUAGGGAGAAUAAAGAAGAUUAACUUUAGUCUAGUUUCUGCUUUCAGCCUAACGUUUCGGCCUAACAUUCAGCCUAACGUUUCAGCCCUCCAGAGUGAGGUAUGAGUUAUUGCUUUAUUCAACCUUUCACAUUUCAUUUUGGCACAGGUCAAUACAGUAGAUGCUCUAGGAGAGACUCCUUUACAUCGUGCUGCAGCUGCUGGGCAGAUGUCAGUUUGCAGAGUCCUACUUACACAUGGUGCAGACAUAGGAUUGCGUUCUUUUCAAGGCCAUACUGCAGCAGAAGUUGCCUCUGAACCUGUUCAAAAAAUUCUACAAGGUACAAGAAAUUAUCUUUUGUUGCCAUUUAGAUGGUAUCAUAUAGGAGUACUGAUUUAAAGGAAUCUCUUUCAGAGGAUCCACCUUCAACUGGUUCAGAUGUGGAGAAGCAAUUACUUGAGGCUGCAAAAUCAGGUGACAUGGAACUUGUAAAGGUAAACUUGUAUGGUAUUUCUGUUUUGUUUUUGUUUAUUUUCAUGAGAAUAAUACCCUGUGCACCCCCUGGAAUGUCCAAUAAUGUAUGCUGGGGCUAGCCUGAAGAAUGUGGGGCACUUUAUUGUGUUUUCAAUUUAGUUUAGGUAAGCCAUAAAGGUAUUUCAUAGGGAGAGCCAUAGGAGAGAAAGGGAAAAAAGGAAAAACUUGGUCCCUGUGUACCUGUUGUUACUUUACUACAACCAGACAUGCCACAAACACCACUUUUUCAAGUUCUUCCUCCCAUGCACAACUCUAAUUUCAUGCUUGUCUGAACAUUGCUGCUCCCUGCCUAAAAGCACACAAAAGACAAGCCUGUAUUGCUGGCCAAUUUAGUUCAUGGGUGUUUUCUGGAAACAUAGGUACUUCAUGAGCAGUUGUUGGUUGUAAAUAAAAAAAUAAACCUGGCUGUUAAGUUCAGUUUGUAAUUAAAUUUUCUAAUAUACAUGCAGUCAUCAACAACAUAUGAUCAUUUUUUUCAUAAUGUUUAUCAGUUAUCAUCAAUACCCUAACUUGACGCUUCCUAUGUUUUAGAAACUAUGCACCCCACAAACAGUAAACUGUAGAGAUCUUGAAGGACGGCACAGCACUCCUCUUCAUUUUGCUGCUGGUUACAACAGAGUGACAGUAGUGGAGUAUCUGCUACAGAAUAGAGCUGAUGUUCAUGCUAAAGACAAGGGGUAACAAAUUUCAAAACAUAUUUUCAUUGAAUUGUAAUAGUUUUGGUGAAUUUAGAGAUACAUUUGCCAUGAAUGUUGAGUAUUAUGUAGUAUCCUGCCAUAAUCACCUUGUGCAAGAUGAUUCAAACACUAAACCACUACAGUAAUUUACAAAAUGGCUUUGGCACAGAUUUUUGUCUUUUCUGAAGAAGAAAAUGAAAGAAAAUGAGAGUUGCUUUGAUGUUCAGUGCAGUAGUUUUUAGAAAAUGUUCUUAAGCUGGCUAUGAUUGUUAAUUGAUUUUCUUGAUUUCUUGUUGGGGAUUAUUCAACAGUGUCCACUUCAACUUUGGUAAAUACCCUUUGAUUGGGAUUGAAUUUUUUUCAGACAAAGCCAUGAAUUGAUGCCCCCCUUCCCCUAUCUGUUUUGGUUGACCAAAAUUACUAGAUAUAAAGUGUGGGCAUGAAGUGUGAUACAAAUUCACUUUUUCUCUCCUUCAUAUUUUUUUUUUCAGAGGGCUGGUACCACUACAUAAUGCUUGUUCCUACGGCCACUAUGAAGUAGCUGAAUUACUUGUGAAGGUAAUGCAGAGACACCUACACUAUGCAAACAAACUUAACGGCAGUGACCAUGUAUUUGUUACUUUAUUUGAGGAAACGCAAUCAUCUAUUUUUAGUGAGGGUUGAAAUGACAGAUUGACCACUCUUGAGAUAAAUUUAAUGCUGUAACCGCUAAGCGUGACAAGCUUCUAAUUUCACCUUUUAGUACUACCUUUUAAUCAUAAGUUGAGGUCAUGAAAAUAAAGGAAAUGAUCACCAAUUUCAGAAGCUCCUGAUUGUCACUGAAAUUCUCCAAGUCAGUACCAUGGGAGAUAUACUGUAAAGAGAACAGUCUGGACGAUAUGAUUGCUAAUCUUGGUGUGUAAAGGGUUGAUUUGCAUAAUAGGAGCGUUCUCUUUGAGCAAUUAUGGUAGUAUAGAUUUACUUUCGUUCCAACACAAAUGCUGUAAUGUGAUUCUAAACAAAGAAAUGGGUUGCUUGAAAUCUUUCAUUCUUUUCUAUUAUGUAGCAUGGUGCUGUUGUCAAUGUGGCUGAUCUCUGGAAGUUUACUCCACUUCAUGAAGCUUCCGCUAAAGGAAAAUUUGAGAUCUGCCGGCUUUUGCUGAAGGUAUAUUUCUGGUUAUAUAGAAUAACACAAACAUAGAAAUGAUUCAUCGUGAAUAAACAAACAUGGUUAAGGAUAGAGAAGAAUAUCACGGACUGCUUUUUAAACUCAUUAUUAAUAUUUACAAAUCAUGAUGUGGCUUCUUUGUUUUCUCAUUUCUUCAGCAUGGAGCUGAUCCUCUAAAGAAAACUCGCGAUGGUCAAACUCCCUUGGACCUUGUGAAAGAAGGAGACAAUGAUGUAGCAGACUUACUGAGAGGUGAAAUUCCCUAACUUCACGGCAAAAUUGAGAUGAAGUGGUGUACUUCUGUUGUGUUGAAUUUAAUAGUUUUAAAAUGUAUUGAAUGUGAGAUUGGCUUUAUUCUUUUGUGGCAGGCGAUGCGGCUUUGCUUGAUGCAGCGAAGAAGGGAAACUUAACAAGGGUAAUUAUUGCAGUGUACGAAUUGAAGCAACAUUUCCCCAUUUGCAUAUCUGUGCUCUUAUGUUAAAGGUGAAGAUAUGGCAAUGAGUAACAAUGUGUGUACUUUUCCUAGGUCAUGAAACUCUCCACGCCGGAAAAUAUCAACUGUAGAGAUACUCAGGGACGCAACUCGACUCCUCUGCAUCUUGCGGGUACAUGAGUGCAUUUUGUUUGAUUAAUUUAUUUGUACUGGCUCGUUUUUUCUUUUUGACUCGAUCAAUGACUGAAGACCAAGACUGAAAACUUACACUUGCAAACACUCGUGCGAACAACAAGGGUCUAAUGCUUCAAACAGCAUCUUUUCCAAAUUCGUAAUACUGAUCAAUUUAUCAUUUCAGUUUUUCACUCAACAAUCAGUAAUCACGAAUUAUUUGUAGAAACGAAAGGCCUUUCUCAACUGUAAUUGUCUAGAAAGGUUAUUUGGAGGUGUCUUUUUCCCUUAAGUGCGAUGAAAUAUGAGUAAAGCCACGUCAAAGAGAUGACAUGUUGAUAUCACGUGUAGUCGAAUGAGGACGUUUUCUUUUGUCCCUGGUUCCUUUACGGUUAAUUGUUACGUCCUUUGUCUUCUGCAGCUGGUUACAAUCAUUUUGAGGUUGCCGAGUAUCUGUUGGAGAAUGGAGCUGAUGUAAAUGCUCAGGAUAAGGGAGGGUUGAUACCAUUACACAACGCUUCUUCUUAUGGCGUAAGUUUACUCCUAUUGUGUUGCUUUAUGUUGGGCCCGUUACCCCUAAAGGUUAUACCGGUCUUUGAAGAAUUGCGCCCCAGGACUUAUAACCAAAAUUAACCCUCUCCACCCUAACAUCUGUAUGUAUAUUCUCCAUACUGUUCCCUACACAUUCCCUAAGGAGCUGAUGCGGAGAAUUUGUGUCAUAAUCCAGAACUUCUCUAAUUGGUUACCAUUUUCUUUAUUCUCAUUACCUUACUGUGUGAGUUUGGGGUGAUAUUGUAAGGAGAAAUUGGAUGCUAGUCACUCUUUGGGGAUAAAGGGUUAAAACUCCUACAACAUCCAGUUAGAAGAGAAGAAACUAUCUCCAGGAGCCAAUGAGAACUCAACGUGAAAACAAGCAACCUGCUUGGAGCCUGGGGAAAUGCGCAGGACCAAAUCAUGAUCGGUUUUAAUUUUGAAUCUGAUUGGUUUUAAAAAAAGCGCGAAUUUUCGGGAUCAAUCACAUAACGAAGUAAAGUAAAAUUAAGGCAAUCUUGGAGUCUUCUCGACACUCAAUGGAAAAUUGCUCGGACUAAAUAAGCGCUUGUACACAGCAUUUUCAAACAUGUUUGAUUUCGAUUUCUUACUUGAGUACUUGAUGUUUAUUUUAGCAUGUGGAUAUUGCGUCUCUUCUCAUAAAACAUAACACCGAUGUAAACGCCACUGACCGUUGGCUUUUUACUCCACUACACGAAGCCGCCCAGAAGGGAAGAACUCAGCUCUGUGCUUUACUGGUACGUGUGAUAACUUAGAUCAUUUUAAUGCCUCUUUCUGUUAUUGAUGAGCGAAAUCUUAAGUCAUGACAUAAGCAAAUAAAAUAAAGGAGAACAUCACAGGGAACCGCUUAAAACCCAGAUGUAGCAUCAGCGAGGGAAUUCACUGUGGUGCGAUUGGUUUUUCUUGUGCUCAUGAUUGGGUACGAGGAUAUCGCGAUUUUUCUUUAACAACCACUUUAUUUCGUACGGAAACAUAACCACAACAAUACCGGGUUAUUUGCGACACAGAACUGAAAAUUGCUCCAUCUUCUGUAUGUACUAAUUAUUUGAAAUUGGGGUAUUGUAAUUUUUAUUGAUUAUAGGUACGUAAUGCGCGCUUGGUUCUAUGGAAAAAUUUAGAGUUAAUCUUCGAUUUUCUUUUAUUCUUCCAUUUUCCUAGUUGGCUCAUGGUGCAGAUCCCACCAUGAAGAAUCAGGAAGCACAGACAGCUCUGGAUCUUGCCACAGUAAGGAACUCCAAAUGAAAUUAUCAGUUUCUAGAAGGAUGACUGUAGAAUAUCUCUUUCUGCGACGGGUCGUGUUUUAAAACGCACCCGCCAUGAAGCUACCGACUCGCUCAGUUCUCUGUUUUCGUUUUUGUUGUUGUUGUUGGAAUAUUUAGGUACUACGGUUGGGGUAUCGAAAAUUUUUAGAAGUGCAAGGUUGUCACUUUCAGUCCAUAAUAUUCUUCUCAAACUUAGACGUCUUUGCUCUUGGUUUAGUGUGUUUUGCGUUUUGCGUUUUGCUUUUUCGUUAGUGUGUGUUUUCUUUCUUACUGAACUAAUAGCCUGGAACCUCUUUUUUUGUUGAAAGCGGUUUUCCUCGUUGUACAAAUUUGCUGAAAUAUCGUGAAGUUUCCCAUCUAAGUAGUGUCAAUUCCGAUUGCCAUAAAUAACCUUUCUUACACAUCUCUCCCUUUCAUGACAGGCGGAGGAUGUAAAGUGUCUGCUGAGUGACGCUAUGAUGGCCCAUGUAAGUACCAGCCCCCCGAGUACCCCGGCCCCUACCACACCCUCAAACAGCAAUGCGUCCCCUUCACCCAAUACCAGCAACACCAGCAACACCAGCAACACCUCGCCACUGUCGCAGGCCAAUGCUAGCUUACUGGCCAAUAGUCCUGCAGGCUCAGGAGAUGGAGCGGUCAAUAAGCGAUCCAUUGCCGAAGCUCAGGGAUGUGGAGAGACACGGAUUAUGAUACCAGGUAAAUAUUUCUUCUUCUCUAAUAUGCCUUUAUAAUUCCUGUGCUUCUAAAAAUUCAGAAGGAGCUUUUGGUGGCCUUACAACUGAAGGGAUAAACUACCGGAAUACGUAAAAGUUCGCAGAAUGCUGAUAAGGAAGCGCUCUUUAUUUUAUCACAUGAAAAACAAUUUCUUAACUCUACAGGAGGCUUUUUACUGUCCAUGGUGCUCGACGAGAGAGUACUAAGUCUUUGUAUCAUUCUCUAUUUGUUCAGCUUUUUCUGGGGAUUUGAUUUGAAGAAAAAACAAAAAGUCAAAAAAGGAAUGGGUGGGAUGCAAAAACCUUUCAAGUGAUGUUCUCAUGUAAAGGGCUAGACAUGGGGGGGGGGGGGGGGUGCGUCUAACCAGCAUAAAAUGAUGGAGGGGUGGGAGUGGAGAAUGGGGAGGGCUUUUAUGUGACAAUUGUUGCGAAAUUCUUACCAUUGGAGAGACCGUAGACCGCUGCCUCGAGUGCCUUUUUGUAUUUCAUAAUUUCUACACUGGUGAUGAUUUGAACAUAUCUUUUUUAAGGUCACCCUGGUUUGGAUCUUGAUGUUGGUGACUUCCUUGACAGCUUACAACUGAAUAACCUGAAGGAUAUAUUUGAAAAGGAGCAGGUUAGGAACUGUAAAAAGGUCUUAGAAUAAGAAACUUUCUAUUUAAGAAAUUUUCUUCUGGAGAUGAACUUUGUUCGUUUGUCUCACGAUAGAGUCACUUGAUCGCGAUCAACAUCAAAAGUGACUCUAUCAUGAGACUAACGAACAAAGUUCAUCUCCUAUCUUACACCACGAUGAACAAUAAACACAUAUUUUAUUACAAGUUUCUUCUGUUUGUUAGUCCUGAGUUUGACAUUCUGUAAUGACGUGUGGGCUUUUUUUGUGGUACCCAGAUUUCCUGGGAUGUGCUGGUUGAUAUGGGCCACGAAGAGCUGAAAGAGAUUGGUAUCCAUGCAUUUGGGCACAGGCAUAAAAUCCUUAAGGCGGUGAAGGAGAAACUGUCUGGACUACCAGAACUUGGUGAGCUUUGUCAUGCUGCUCAUGAUGUAGAGACAGUAAAAUAUAUAGAAAAUUGUGAUGUAUUUGCGACUGAGAUUAGCAAAGAAUCCACGAGUGUUUUAGGGCCCGCAGUGGCUCAGGUGUUAACAUACGUACUGUUUUAAUGUGUUUUAGGCGGUGGUCCCUUCACCUAUUCCAACCAACAGGGAACUGUUUUUUACGAGUUGUCAGUGGAUGAUAAAGACUAUGUAUCAGUAGCGGAAGAGGUAUAUAAUGUGUUUCUCUCUAGAUAAAACAAGAAAGAUUUUCAUAGUAGCGACCAGCAAACAAUUGUUCGAGUGCGCGCGCUCGAAUCCUGAAGUUCUCUAACCAUUAUGUUUUGAAUUUGUAUUAAUUUGAUUACUAUAACCUAAACUUUAGCACCUCAAUAUGGCUAUAAGUCACUAACGCUUUACCAGUUAGGUUUUGUGAUUUGCCUACCUCCCUCUCCCCCCCCCUCCUUAAAAAAAGGGUAUUCUAUAAAUGUAGGAGAGAGAGGAGGGGUGCUCUCACUCGAGUCCCAUCCCUAUUCCUGUUAGUAUGUGAGACUUUUUUUGUAUGUAGAUGCAGAGCACUGUAGUAAAACACAAGAAAGAUGGCGGACAAUCCGGAGGGGUCUUUGAUUCUUACCAUAUUUUAAGGGUAAGUUUGACCGUAACAGGUUCGCCUAUAGGAUGGUGUUUGACACAAGGCUGUGAGACUUGAAAGAGUUAACGCUGACGAGUUAACAUAUCAAUGAAACAAUUGUUCGCUUCUUUUAAGGUACUUUGAAUUCUGGAAUUGAUGGAAUUUUUGUUUGUUGAUUUAAGAAUCUGAACAGUUUUAACAAUAGUUACUAUCUUACGUGACCCUUACAGAAAUCCUGUUUAUGCCCGCUGGUCUUAUAAAUUUGAGAGAAACACGAUUGCACAAACAUUUGGCCACAUUUGCGCUGCGUCAAGCAGUUGAUUUUCUCUCUCCUGCAAUUACUGAUACAUACGCAUGAUAUAUUUCUUUUUCAGAUUCAAAGGGUUAUAAACAAGCGUCUGUGGGAUAAGUACGUGUACAGGAGGAGAGAGGUGAGAGCCUUUUGAGUGAGAACCAAAAGCUGAUCAAUAAUUUCCUUUCCAGCUUGUUGAUUUUAGUAAGGAGAGGUUACGUGUUUGUUGUCAUUCAAGUUUGGUGAGGUUUUCAUCAUCAGUCUAUAUUCGUCACGAAAUCAUGAGUGCUGAAAAUGUCAGAUCAGACUGCAUCAUCUUCUUUUCCAGGUUGCAGAAGCUAACCACAACCAUAGUAACGAGAGGAUGCUUUUUCAUGGUAUGUGCUUGAACCAGUUUCAGCGUUAUUGUGUAAAGUAACAGAAAGUGACCUGCGUUCAAAUUUAUAACCAGGCUUGGUUACAAUACAAAACACACCAAUAACAGCAAACCAAGGGGUUAUAAGUGGUGACACGUAAACUUUCGACCUCGUCGCCUAACAAAGACUGGCAGGAUAGCAGUCGAAACAUCACGAUCGAUGCAAUUGAUAGCGUGGCUCUACGUUAUCUUUAACAGUCAUGAAACUCUGGAAAUAUCAAGAUAUCGCCUACUCUUGAGUAAAGUGUACUCUUUCUCCAAUUUGUCUGUGAACGCACCUUCUUUCUCAGAAGCUGAAAUUCGGAAACCAAAUACGUAUGCAAUACUGAGUGUCUAACUCGCCCAACCGCUUUUUUUUAUAGUCCGUGGAUCAUUUUGAACGAAUUAAGGUGAAUGGUUAUCUUCAAAGAUUAAUCUCAGGUCUGUCUUUGAACUCAGGGUCGGCAUUUAUACACGCUAUUCUGCAGAAAGGAUUUGACGAACGUCAUGCUUAUAUUGGAGGCAUGUUUGGCGCGGGUGAGUUUUUCCUUUUUUAGCUACGUUUGGUUCUGUUCAGUAAACUUGCGCUUUGCCGCAACCAAUCAGAUGGAAGACUAAAAGCAAUCGUGGCUUGGUUAUCUGCGUUUUUGUGCGCUCGAUGUCGUUCACUCGUUUUUACCUUUAGAUCUCAUUGGUUCCUAGUGAUAUUUAACAACUAUUCACUGAAGUAGAGGUGGUUGGAGAUAGAUAUUUGUCUUGCGGCGAGGUAAAUAUUCAUCGCUAGCCACCGACACUGAAGUGAAUAGUUGUUUAAUAAACUAAAACAGUGAGAUAAUAUAGUGCAAAAGGAUUAUUUUAACUCGUUUAUUCCUGCAAUUAUGACAAUAUUUUUGGGAGGAAAUUCCGCUCAAGUUAUUCAGAGGUUACUUGCAGAGGACAUAGCCAAUCAGAGCACGCCCUCAACGCUAGCCACAGUUUCAUCUGAUUGCCGUUGUCAUUUUCAAUUCGUUUUGGUGUGGUUACAUUCAAUCGAUUUGUCAUCUGAUUGGUUCGUUUGGAAUAGUGUCGUCAUCAGGACUGGAUAGACGAUUCCUUAAACCAAAUGAACUUGAACUAGACCUUUUACUUUAGUUAAUAAUGCAUCUUUUUUUGUAUCAUUCUCUUUCUAUUUAGGUAUUUACUUUGCGGAAAAUUCUUCCAAAAGCAACCAGUAUGUAUAUGGUAUUGGUGGAGGAUCAGGCUGUGCUCUCCACAAGGACAAAUCUUGUUACCUAUGCGAAAGGUAACGACGAACUGCGAGUUUUUCUUACAGCUCUCGAUAGGAGUAAACAACGUUGAAUACAUAUAUUUUGUUUUGGAACAAUAGAUUGUGUGUAUGUUCCCUUUAGUUGUAGUUUCUUAUGAGGAAAAAUUUGAGCGCUGACAACUCUUUUCGCGAGCGUUGUUGUUCAAAACUUUUACGGAUGUACGCCAUGUUUUUCGCCUUGAGGUUAUUUUGUCAGCGUGUUAGUGGGGAAGUGAACCGUUUAUGUGAUCGAAAGACGUUUUUCUUAAGACCGUUUUAACAUCUGGAGGUGGGUUAAUAGUUACCAUAUAUUGAGUUGUGCACAAUUUGCCUUAACAGGAAGGUGUUGACAAAAUAUAGUUUGACACGGUAAAAGAACACAAAGCGAAAACAAUUAACUAAGAGGGAACGAGGGCGAUCAACCGUGGAGGCGAUUGCCCCGGAUUGGAAAUGGAAAUCUCGACAGCCAUAAUAUUCCUCGAUGGUUAAACCAUGACUUAGUCCCUAAAUUCGUUACACCCUAACAUCAGUUUGCAAGUCCUCCGUACUGUUCUCUGUACGUUUCCUAUGUUGCUUACUAGGAGAAUUUGCUUAAUAAUCAAGAGCUUCUUGACCCCGCGAUCAUUUCUUUUAUAUUCAUGACCAGAAUAUUUGAUUCAGGGGUGAUACUAUUGUACGAAAUUAGAUGCUUAAAGGAGUUAAGGCAACGUCCGGCCGGCGGUCCAAAGAAAAACAACAUUGUCACAUGUGAUUUUCAUGUAUAUCUGAAUCAUCAGGCAGUUGCUGCUAUGUCGUGUGGCUCUUGGUAAGCCAUUCUACCAGUUCUCUGCCGUCAAGAUGGCGCAUGCACCUCCAGGGCAUCACUCAGUGAUCGGUCGUCCGAGCUCGGAGGGACUCUCGUUCGCAGAAUAUGUUGUAUACAGAGGAGAACAGGUACACAAGCAUUGUUUGCACUAUCCAUUUCCGAUAGCAAAUAGUAAUAGCCGAUUUAUAAAAUACUGUCAUAUUAACAACCGGCGGUGGAGCAUGGGAACAGGGUGUGUAGGCCCCCCCUCUCCCCCUCCAUACCCCUUAAACGAAUUUUUUUAGAGGAAUUGUUCCCCUCUCCCAGUUCUGGUGCCAAAAAUACCACAAUCGCUGGCUAAAAUUGGUUUGAGAAAUGUUUCACUUAUCAUAAGUCUCAUUGUCAGGAUUGCGUUUUACUAAAUUAUGGGUUGUAGAAAGUUUUUUCUUUAACAGCUCCGGCCAUUGUGCCUGUGUGCACCGGCCAAAUAUUCAAAUGACGUUUUGUGAAAGGGGUAUCCGCUUGUCUCGGGGAACUACGACCUUUCCCCUUCCCUCCACGUUCAUAACGCUUCGUUGCCUCUGCUCUUUCAUAUGCAGGUGUGGGUGCCCUUUGAUAUGAUGCUGUUUCUUUCAGAGUCUUCAGCUUAGUGUGGGGGUGUCUGUAUGUGACGUUUGUGUGAUUAAGAGACCUUUAGAGAAUCAAUAAUAUUUGUACCGGCAGAGUGGAAUUUGGUUUCCUAAGUAUUUUGGCUAAUGUUAGCACUGCUGUGAUCCACUACAUUUAUAUCCUUGUGUAGUUGCACUCUGGUUACAAUUUGUUUACACGCCUAACAACAUUUUUGUUAUUAUCGUCACUGUAGGCUUAUCCAGAAUACCUGAUCACUUAUAAGAUCGUCAAAUCCUCGGGUGCGGAAGGUGGCAGUUCUCCUGAAUGAAUUCAUCCUGUAAAUAAUUCCCGUUCAUCUUACAUUGUACUGGAAGUAGGUCGACAGCUAUUGUGGUGAUGAAAGAGAUAAAGAAAAGCGUGGGCUAUUCGCCCUCCAGAAGAAAAUGUCCACUGUGAUUUAAUCAAAGUUAUAAGUUAAUCAGAAAUUUUUACAUAAAUUUCCCAUAAAA